AAUCUCUGCAGAUACGGACACGGGCUUAAAACAGUCGAGCUUCAUUCUCUGUGAACUCUCCAAUCGGGACUCACUUUCACACCUUGGACUGGGGACUUUCUACCUGCAAGCAAAAUGUGUAAAGGUCUGGCUGCGCUGCCUGCGACAUGUUUAAAGAGUGCCAAGGAUAUGAAGCAUCGUUUUGGCUUCCUUCUCCAGAAAUCGGACUCUCUUAGUGACCAUACCAACAGUGCCCAUAAGAAAGACAAAUCAGUGGCAUCCAAACAGAUUAGUGUCACCGAGGCUAAGAAAUGGGGACAGUCCUUGGAGCAUUUGAUCAGUAAUGAAGAUGGCGUGGCAGCUUUUAAUGCUUUCUUGAAAUCAGAAUUCAGUGAAGAAAAUAUUGAGUUCUGGGUGGCUUGUGAGGAAUACAAGAAAAUCACUUCACCUGCGAAAAUGAUAACUAAGGCCAAAAAGAUUUAUGAACAGUUUGUGGCUGUUCAGUCUCCAAAAGAGGUUAAUCUUGACUCAUCUACCCGAGAGGAGACCAGCAGAAACAUCCAAGAGCCAACCAGCUCCUGCUUUGAUGAGGCCCAGAGACGCAUCUUCCUGCUUAUGGAGAAAGACUCUUACCGGAGGUUCCUGAAAUGUAAGAUCUAUCAAGACAUGAUUCAAGAGCCAGGAUGCAACAGUGGCAGCUGUGGUGCACAAAAGAAUGGAAAACAGUACAACUCGGACAUCGGGCAAAUGCUUCCUCUGUGUGCUUAAAUCUACUGGCUUAAUGCACUCCAUCUGUGUGUGUGUCAGUACAUUGUGUGUGCAUAUAUAGAUACAUAUACACGUGUGUGUGUGUGUGUGUGCGCAUAUAUACAGUAUGUAUAUGUACAGUAUAUGCAUGUUGAAGCCAAGUGUCUAUCUGUGCUUACUUGAAAAUAGGGUGUCCGAGCUGAUUGUGUAAUGUGAACAAUUAAAGAGAUUCAAAAAUGAACGCAAAGAAAGUAUUUAAAAGUUGAAAAGAAACUGUAGAACUAAAAUAAUCGGCAAAGAAACGUCUGAAAAGCAUAGCCCUCCUUUUUGGUUAUCGGCUCGGAAGCUCUAUUUAAUUUCUUUGACUGUACAAAAAAUAUGUAAAACGAAAUCCUCAUGUUGCUGGAUGUCCGGGCUUUGUUAAUUUCUUUUUUUUUUCUGUUGUAUUUAUUGGAAGUGAUAAGGAGAUCCAGCAAUGACAGCCUCUCAUUAUGGGAAAAGGAAGCGUAAUGAGAUAUGUAGCAGCGAGCAAGAUGGCCAGACAAGGCUGACAAUGUGCAAUGAGAUUUGAAAUUGUGUGUCCUUCUGCAAAGCCUGAUGGCAAACUUAUGUCCUUUGUUCAAUAUCGAUAGGAAUUCAAAUGUCUGUUACACCCGUACACCUAUACAAAGGCAUAGGGCAGCCAUAUGCACAUUCAUGCAAUCAUACGCACAUGUAUUUACAUACAAACCUAUAGAUACAGACUGGAAGUAUGCUAAUCUGUCUACAUGCACUUACACAAAUAUCUAAGCAUAAAUAGAUGUAGAGCGUGCUUACAUACAGCACCUAAGUACAUGAGCACAGGCAUGCACACACCGAUUCCUCCCUUGACCAAUUCAAGGCUAUGGCAGAUAGAUCUUACCCGGGUACGAGGCAGGAACCAACCCUCAAUAGGCAGUCAUUGUGGUGUGGUGUGGGUCCUCAGAUAUUGAGGUUGUGACUUCAGAUCCCACUGCUGACACCACGUGACCAUGAGCAAGACGAGAAAUCAAACAAAAUGAGAAAUCUAAGCAACUGUAGGUCAGUCAAACAAGAAUGCAUAAGCGUGUGCAGUACAUACUUGCGUAUAUGCUUAAGUAUGUUUGGGUGUAUAUUUUCAACUCCUGUAACUUCUUGUGUACAAACAUAUAAUGCUAGAUGCAUGCAUAUGCACAUAAGUAUGUAGAGUUCAUACAUAAGUGUAGAUACUCGUAAAUAAAUGUAUUCACGUAAAAAUAUGUGCAUACACAUACUAGUAUGUACUUACAUUCCUAUUGUGUGCAUACAUACCUGACGUACCUUACAUACGCUGUGUAAAAGUAUACAGACACAUGCAUACAUAGGCAUGGACAUACUGUAUAUGUACACAUUAUGGGGAUUACAGGAGGGCACCAGGCAGCCCCUCCGACGUGUGUACCACCUCCCAGUUUCUUCCAUCCUGUGGCUUUCCCUUACAAUAUGCAGAUGUAUUCAUACGUGAGCACCCCUACUACGGCAAGCCGAAUUAACAGAUGACUAGAUUAGAGAUGUCUCAAAAUGAAUUUUAAGAUAUCUGGAAAUGCAUUUUAGAUAUCUCAAAUUGAAUUGCAGAUAUCGAAAAAUGUGUCUAUGUUAAGAUAUCAAAAAGCAUUGUAUGAUAUCUCAAAUAGAUUUCAAGAUAUCUUGAAAUGAUAUGCUGUACAUUUCGAGAUAUCUUAAAUGCAAUUCGAGAUAUCUCGAAAUAAGUUCCUGUGCGUUUUGAAAUAUCUGAAAUACAUUUCGAGAUAUCUUAAGAUAGACAGGAAGUCUCAUUGAACGAAUA